AGCAAUAGUGACCACUAGAGAUGGCGGCCGCUGCAGCUGGACCCGCGACACCCCAGAGAUUUUUCCGAAGCCUCUCAGAUGCUCUGAUAGACGAGAACCCCCAGGCGGCGUUAGAGGAACUGAAUCAGGCUUUGGAACAGAAACCAGAUGAUGCACAGUAUUAUUGUCAAAGAGCUUAUUGUCACAUUCUUCUUGGAAAUUAUUGUGAUGCUGCUGUUGAUGCAAAGAAAUCUCUCAGACUUAAUCCAAAUAAUUCUACUGCUUUGCUGAGGAAAGGGAUCUGUGAAUACCAUGGGAAAAACUAUGUUGCGGCUCUAGAGACAUUUACGGAAGGACAGAAAUUAGAUGGUACAAAUGAUAAUUUCAUUGUCUGGAUUAAAAGGUGUCAAGAAGCUCAAAAUGGAUCAGAAUCUGAAGUGCGGGCUCAACAAUCAAAAAUCAAGUAUGACUGGUAUCAAACAGAAUCUCAAGUAAUUAUUACACUUAUGAUUAAGAAUGUUCAGAAGAAUGAUAUAAAUGUGGAAUUUUCAGAAAAAGAGUUGUCUGCUCUGGUGAAACUUCCUUCUGGAGAGGAUUACAACUUGAAAUUGAGACUUCUUCAUACCAUAAUACCAGAACAGAGCACAUUUAAAGUACUUUCAACAAAGAUUGAAAUAAAAAUGAAAAAGCCAGAAGCUGUGAGAUGGGAAAAGCUAGAGGGGCAAGGAGAUGAACCGAAGCCAAAGCAGUUCAUAGCAGAUGUGAAGAACUUAUAUCCCUCAUCAUCUCAUUAUACAAGAAAUUGGGAUAAAUUGGUUGGAGAGAUCAAAGAAGAAGAAAAAAAUGAGAAGUUGGAGGGAGAUGCAGCUUUAAACAAAUUGUUUCAACAGAUCUAUUCAGAUGGUUCUGAUGAAGUGAAACGUGCUAUGAACAAAUCAUUUAUGGAAUCUGGUGGCACAGUUUUGAGUACCAACUGGUCUGAUGUAGGUAAAAGGAAAGUUGAAAUCAAUCCUCCUGAUGAUAUGGAAUGGAAAAAGUACUAAAUAAAUUAAUUUGUUGUCAUCAUUCCAUUGCGUAUUUUUACCUGAUACCCAUUCUGCGUAAAUACUGCAUUCUUGAAUCUUCAACACUGAAUAUAUUUUUGAAAGAUUAUACCUCUUUGUGCUUUAGAAAUUACUUUCCUUCAAAUGUUCUAAGUGUCUAAUGAAGAGUGAAGAUCACACUUUAUCACUUCUGUCCUUAUUUCAGAAAUGCCGAAACUGAAUGAAAACUCAUUUGCUGCUAAAUAAUUUCUGUCUAGUUGUGGGAGUAGAGAAAUCUUUAAUGGGAUAUCUCAAGUUAUUAUUGCCUUACUUUUGAUGCAGUAUUCUGUUCAUAAUUUAUUAGACCUGCUAACUCUGGGUGAGCAUAGAUUCUUUUCAUUGUCAGUAGUAUAUUGUAUUUAUUUAUAAAAACAGCUUUUGAAUCGAGUUGUAAAUACA